UGAUCUGUUCCCAAUACACAAACCACAAUUAACAUGAAGACUUCAUCCAUUUCCACUCUUUUCUUCAUUCUUUUUGUUAUCUUUUCGUGCUCGUCGGCAGCUUUUGCUGAUGAUCAUGAUGAUUUUCUUGAAUGUCUCUCUGAAGAGUUCCACAACUACACCUCAAUUUCCAGGGUUGUUUACACCCCAACCAACUCAUCUUAUCCCUCCAUUCUUCGAUUUUCUAUUCAAAACCUGAGAUUCACGUCCGAAUCCACCCCGAAGCCGCUGGUUAUCAUAACCCCGGAGCACGAAUCCCACAUUCCCCCUGUCAUCUACUGUGCAAAAGAAAAUGACAUGGAAAUUAGAACUAGAAGUGGGGGGCAUGAUUACGAGGGAUUGUCUUAUGUAUCUCAACUCCCGUUUGUGAUCAUUGAUUUGAUCAACCUUAGUGAAGUAACAGUUGAUGCUGAGCAGAAAACUGCAUGGGUUGAAGCUGGUGCAACCAUUGGAUCAUUGUAUUAUAGGAUCGCGGAGAAAAGCCCAACGCUAGGGUUUCCAGCCGGUGUUUGCCCAACUGUUGGUGUUGGCGGGCACUUCAGUGGAGGAGGCUACGGCACAUUGCUAAGAAAAUACGGGCUGGCUGCAGAUAAUGUUAUUGAUGCAAGAAUAAUAGACGUCAAUGGCAGGAUUCUCGACAGAGAGUCUAUGGGUGAAGACUUAUUUUGGGCCAUUAGGGGCGGUGGAGGUGCCAGUUUCGGUGUGAUUCUUGCAUGGAAAAUACAAUUGGUUGAUGUUCCAGAAAGAGUCACUGUUUUCACAAUCCACAAGACUUUGGAACAAAAUGCCACUCAAUUGAUUCACCGCUGGCAAUACAUCGCGCAUAGAUUCGACUCGGAUUUAUUCAUCCGAGUCCUCAUCAGAAGGGUGAAUUCCAGCCAGGAUGGAAGGAACAUGACUAUUCGUGCUUCUUUCAAUUCAAUUUUCCUUGGCGGGAUCGAUAGAUUGCUCCCUUUGAUGCAGAAAGGUUUUCCCGAAUUGGGCUUGGUGAGAGAAGACUGUACAGAGAUGAGUUGGAUCCAAUCCAUCCUGUAUUUUGCUGGAUUCCCCAUGGAAUCAUAUGAAGUUUUGCUGAAUAGGACACAACCCAGCGUGAGAUACUUCAAAGCAAAAUCCGAUUAUGUGCAGAAACCCAUUCCCGUAAACGGGCUGGAAGGUAUCUGGAGACUGUUCUAU